GGGAAGUUGAAUAAUAAUACAUUACCUUAAAGACUCGGUGUGCUUGUUGAAUGCAGGCCCGGGGUGGCCGUAUGCUUUUAGAUUUCAGAUAGUUUUUUUCCGGGUCUUCUGGAUCUGUCAACUAAUCAGGAGCAGAAAGAGAGCUCCAACAGUUGUUGUGAGACAUAUAACCUGUCCACCAGCGCCGUGACACCCCUCGGAGGUGAGCCGACGGGACAGACUGCGGGGGUUGAGACGCAACAUGAAACUCAACAUGCCGCUGUUUUUCCGUAAGAAGAAGCCCAGCGAUGACUCCAAAAAACGCCUGGAGUAUCAGUUGUGCCUGUCUAAAGAAGCCGGGGCUGAUGAUAUCUUGGACAUAUCGGACUGUGAGCUGACUGAGGUGCCUUCCACAGCCCUUUCCAUAUGUAAGGUCCUGCAAAAGAAGGUCUUCAUCCUUCAUGGAAAUGAACUGAAAUCUCUCCUGCCCAAACGAUGCUCCAUCACGUCACUAGCCACCCUCAAGGUUCUGGAUCUCCAUGAGAACCAUCUGACAUCGCUUCCAGAAGAUAUUGGACAGUUGAAGAUGUUGAAGGUGCUCAAUGCUGAAAAGAACCAAAUCAAGGUACUCCCAGAAUCCAUUGGGGAUCUUCGGCUUCUGCAGACGCUCAACGUGAAGAGUAACCUCCUGAGUGAGCUGCCCUCCGCCUUGGGUGGCCUGUCUAGCCUGCGCACACUGGACAUCAGUGAGAACCACGUGCGGGAGCUGCCCACGGUGCUGGCGCACAUUAGGACCCUGGAGUGCCUCACACUGGAUGUUGCCCAGAUGAUGUUCCCACCCGUCUCCAUCUGCGGCGGGGGCACUGAGGACAUCCAGCGCUUCCUGUGUGCGGAGAUCGGUGUGGAAUACUGUCCCCCCUCUCAGUACCUUUUGCCAGUUCUGGAGAAUGAUAUGUGGCUCCCGGAGUAUGAUUGCGUGGAUGGGGAGCAGGACGCUUGGCAGAAUAAGUUCCAGGACUACGCCAAGAGGAAGGAGCAGAAGCAGCAGGAGAAGCUGGAGUUCGAGCGGCGGCUUGAAGUGGAGCAGCGGGAGCAUGCACAGCUCCUCCACCUCAACAACUUCCGCAAGGAUGACAUCCUGCAGUCAGUCAGGCAGGAGCAGGAGCGGCUGGAGCAUGGCGUAUCCCAACAGCAGAGGGCGCUAGAGGCUGAGAGGUUACGUCUGCUGGGACAGCUCAUGUUGGCAGAGAACAGCCUCACCUGCCGCAUUGCACACCUGCUCCAGGAGAACAAGAGUCAGAAGAAGAGCAUGGAGUUCCUGCAGGCCCUGGAAGAGGACCGGAUACGUUUAGAGCAGCUAACCUCCAUCACCCAGGAGGAGGCCAACUCCCUACGCAAGAAAGAGGUGGCAGCUGCGAUGCAGCAGAUGCUGUCAGAGAGCUACUCCAUGCAGCUCCUGCAGGAGGCGAAUGAGGCCCGCAGGCACAACCUAGUGACAGAGACAUGCAGGAGUUUGGAGAGUUUGGAUAAGAAGUUUGACCAGGUGCUGUCCCUGCAGCAGCUCGACAAAACCAAGGCUAUCGCGCAUAUCCUGCAAGAGGAGGAGAUGCAGAAGGCAGCGUUUCAGGCGUUGCAGCUGCAGAAGGACAGCAUGCAUGGCUUCAUCCGGAGCCAGAUUAGGCUAAUAGAAGCUGAGUUAAUGCAGCUGACUAAACUGGAGGUAAAGCGACGCAAUCUGGAUGCCGAGAAUUUGCAGGAGAUCCUGUGUGAGCAGCGGGUCGCCCUGACGGACCUGCUGCAGCAGCUUCUCAAACAGAAGGACCAGCGGGAGAUAGAACUCAGACACGUCCUGGCGGAGCUGGAGAUGAAGAGUGAGUCCAACCAGCAGAACUACUGGAUGAUUCAGUACCAGAGGCUCCUGGAUGCCAAGCCGCUGUCACUGCGCAUGCAGGAGGCUGGAGUGGAGCAGGAGCUGGUGUCUCUGCUGUGCAAGCUGUCUGCGGAGCACUACCUCCCGGUGAUCGCUCACCACCGUCUGACCGCCGAGGCACUACGUCACAUGACCGUGGCCGACCUGGCCAAGCUGGGAAUCAGAGAGGUCGGGAUCCAGAAGGCUCUUCUCAACUGGUGCCAAACACAGGAAGUCUCUCCCACUAAAGCUGCCCAGCCUGCAGAUGCGGGUGCCAGCUCCCUUGCGCCCAGUGCCCCCCUCCUGUUUCCAGAAACCCAGGUGCCGCCGUGUCUCCCUGGCCAGGCGGUGGCGGUGGUCCCAUCGGCCCCCAAGCCCCAGGAUGAGGCACCCGGGAGUUCGGAGUGUGUUGUAUGCAUGGAGAUUCAGUCCCAGGUGGUCUUCCUGCCUUGCGGCCACGUGUGCUGCUGCCAGACGUGCAGCGAUGUCCUGCAGAACUGCCCCCUCUGCCGCAGCCAUAUCUCCCAGCGCGUCCGCAUCUACCACCAUUAGGGGGCGUUACAUGUGCCCCACACAAGCUGCUUGCCAUUCUGCUAUGAGGAAACUGCUCACCCAAAGAUGGAAUUAUUCUAAAAGAGACCCCUCUUAUGAAACCCAGCAAGCUCUCAAACCCUGUGCCUUUCCCGUCAUGUAAUAAUCUUACUGACUGGUCAAUGUGAGUAACAUACUUCCUAAUGAAUGUUUCGUGGUUUUGCUGGCCUGGUGAAUUCUGCGGCCUGGUUCCAGGGACUGCCCUCGCCUCUCCUGGAUCUGGGUGGUGCUCCCCAUCUCAGCAGCAUAUGGUCUGCGGAGCACUUCCCACCUGAACUUACUGGGAUGGAAAGCUGGCUACCUGUUGGAUGGUCAUCACAGCUGUUGGCCUGGCGAAUUCUCCCGCACAGCCAUUGCUGCCACCUCUACACAUCUCAGAACUCGUAGGAAUUUCGCUUGUGUAAAGCCCCUGAGCUGUGUGUUUUCCAUCCAUGGCCCAAGGUCCAGGAUGUUUCUGGUCAGUGCAUCCAUAGACAUUUUCACAAGUGCAUACUGCAUGGAAACCAUUGAAUCGCAAUGAAAUAUUUAUCACAGCAAAUAAUGUUUCACAAGUCUCUGUUACAUUGCCGUAAGUGUCCAAGUGGUCCAGUCUCUCGCGUCAGUUAUUUAAACAGUGCCUGAUGGUGAAUGUUGAUAGUACCAUGCCGAACUCUGUCUUCUCAUUAAAUAUGCAAACGUACUCCUGAUUGAUAUGGCAUGCACGUGAUUGGUUUCAGAAUAAAGACAUCUCUGUGUGGUGUGUUGUGGUA